AUGGCGUCGAACGGAAGCUUCUGGGCGACCGCGCGAAUGUUCGUGCCGUCUGCGCUGGAGAGGCCUCGCGAUCGGGACCAACGCGUGUUCGUCGCUUCGCCUGUCGAGUCCGUCGCGCAGCAAAGCGCGGAGCAGAAGGCCAAGGCCCAGGAGUGCGUCGAUGCCGGCGUUCGGAUCAUUAUCUGCCGAACCAUGCCGUGGGCCAAGAAGAAUCUCAACCACACAGCACAGGCUCUUAUCAUCAGCUCAGCCGCCAUUGCCGCGUAUUUCAUUACAUCGGAGCACACUAUUAUGGAGUGCACACACCGUAAGUCCAUGGAGGCCAUACAUGCGAAGAGGAAAGCCAAGGCCGAAGCUGCUGGAUCACAAUAG